CAUCGAAUAGUGCAAACUCUCUGUCUGGAAUGGAAUCAGAUGGUUGUGCUGCUCAUCGUGUCGUAAAGAUCAAACCUCUCCCGCUUGGAGAGGCAGCAAAUCGUGAAGACGUCUUCUUCGAGAAUGAGCAAGUGCUGCUGCACGAUCCCGACGCCAAGCUCAAUGCAGUGCCGCUCAGAUAUGACGUGGACUUCGUCUAUGGGCCGCUCGCCACGGCCGAGGACAUUUUCGCCAGGGAGCUGCCGCCCCUUGUCGGUACGCAGCCGUCUCCCAUCUUGGAUAUUCUCUGUGGCGAUGCAUGCACUUCUGUGUGUGCAGAUGCGUUUCUUGCGGGGACUGACAGCCUACUGCUCACGAUGGGAAGUGCCGACAGCGGCAAGUCGUUUCUACUCGAUGGCCCUCGCGGCCUGAUAACACUUUCGCUCAAGAUGGUCAUGCAGCGGCUGAACGACAGAAGGGGAGGCGGUGGAGGGGCGGUGGGGAACUACUCGUACUCCCUCAAGAUGAGAUAUUACGAGGCAUACAACGGUACGUCGACGUGCAAGAGUAUGGUCUGAUGUGCGAUGGAUCGAUGUGUCUUCCGUGUGCUGCGGGCAGAGCACAUCCAUGACUUGUUAUCUGGAGACCGCUCCGCGACUCUUCAUCCGUCGGACAGUGUCGAUGGCGUGCUCGUGGAUGGCCUGAGUGGAAUGGUGGUCAAAAACCUGUCGGACGCCAUCGACCUCAUCAAUGUCUGCCAGGUCAUAUGGCUUGACAUGCAGCGUUGAUCAGGUAUUCAUACACUCUCCAUCCAUGCGCGUGUGUUUCCAGAAGAAGAGGAGCGAGUCUCAGAAGAACCAGACGCUGACGUUUCUGCAGCUGGAGCUGCUCCAGAUGCAGGACAGCAAGCAACGGGAUGAGUGCGUAGGAAAGAAGGCCAAAACUGCGCACCACUCCCUCCCAUUGAAUGCUGUGUCAUCCUGCUGCAGUGAGGGCUCCAGCAUGGGUCACUGGUGCGCGUACAGCCGCUUUCUGAUAGUGGAAACUUCAGCAAGCAACUGCUGGGCCGAGGACAGGGAUGUGGUGCAGCUGAGGGAGGGCUUCCACACCCACAGGUCCAUGUACGCACUGCGGGAGAUGGUAUCUGCAUGGCAUGAAAGCAAGAUCGGCCAGCAGCACCCCAGUGACACGCGCAUAGGGUCGCCCUCCUCGUCCACCCUGACGUGGAUAUUGCGAGAUCUGCUCAUGGGAGGCAGUCUGCAAGCAACUGCACUGAUGUGUCUGCAGCACACUCAGGUGAGAUACAGAGACGCAGACUCACGAAACUGGGCCACAUGGGCCGGUGUGUGCGUGUCUGUCAGUAUGAGGUGAGCAAGGGCGGGAUGGACGUGCUGCAAGACAUGAAGCGGCUCCGCACCCACCCCAACUCGUACGACAACCGCCUCGCCGGAUGGAUCAGAAACCUCAGAAGGGAAAACAUUCACAUCAGACAAGUAAGCCGUGACAAAGGGACCACUCUCGACUCGCAAACAACGGCAUGUAUGUCCCCCCACCGCCAUGUGGAUACAUAGUAGGCUCUAUCGGCGGCCCUGACGCUGCAGCGUGGUGCCGAAGAGGAGCAGAAGGCCCGUCAGCAGCUGCACCAGCUGGAGGGCAAGGUCGUCGCGGAGGAACUGCUCAAGGUCAAGGCCAUCGAAGACAAGAAAACGCUUCAGGUGGGAGCGAGUGACAAGCAAGGCGUCCAGCCCAGUGCAGACGGACUUGUGCACGGCUAUAUGCGUAUCUCUGUGUAUGUGUGGGUGCAGACGCGCUUGGAGGAGACCAAGGACAAGUACAAGGUGAGCAAGUGCAAGUGGUCAGUCUGCCCUCUCAUUGCCGUGAAUAUGCUUUUCACCAGGGCGCUGUCGAGUCGAUCGCGAUGACACAGAGGGAUCUGAUCAAAUGUGAAGAGGAGAAACUCAAAGUCUGCCAGGUAUGCAUGGACGUCCAUUGAUGCACCUACCUCUCCUGUGUCACGUGCAGGCACUCGUCUCCCUGCAGAUGGAAUACACGAAAGUGCAGGAGGAAAUGUCAAAGCAGAAAUACCAGGUAGGGGUCCCUGACAUGGUGUCAUGCCAUCCUUUCCCAUGCUGCCUCCCUUCUUGUCUGUCUGCAGGAUGCGUCCAAGUUGGUGACAUAUGAGCAAGACGUCGUGGAUCUCACCCUCCAGAACAAAGCCCAGCAGGAGAACAUAGUGAGUCUGCAGAAGGAGAAGGAAGCCAUCGAGGCGGAGCGCAAGAACCUCGCCAUGGAGCUGGGCGCGGCACGGCGAUCUCUCGUCGACCUGAGAGAAGACUUCCUCAAAGAACAGAAAAGGGUGGGUGCAUCCGUGGGGUGCCGCUGAUGUGCGUUGGAAUGUGCGUGUGUCCCAUCCAGACUGAGGAGCUGAGCGUGGAGGUGGUCAAUCUGAUGAACAGCAAGGAAGAGACGGAGAGAGAAAAUACCUCUCUGCAAAACAAGCUGACGGACGCCCUCAAGUAAAGAGCACUCAGAGGAGGGCAGGGGAUGCUCGACCAUUCCUGCAGUGGCCGCCAUUAUGUCCACGUAUUUCAGCUCUCGUGAGACGAGCGAUGCUGCCUUGGCGAGGAAGGAGGCAGAGCUUGAUGAGGCUGGGCUGAAAAUAGCUCAGCUACAGAAAGACCUCGACAUACAGACAUCGGAACGGAUCAAAAAAGAGGUCAGAGGCGCGGACAAUGACAAGGCCAUCUGCACCGGCCACCGCACGAUCCUCCCUGUCCGUGUGGCUGCAGGUUGAGCUGGAGAGGCUGAGCGUCGAAUUCGAGGAGAAGCGGCUUGACAUGGAGAGAGGGGUGCUUGAGGAGCACAGGAGUCGAGAUGCAGAGGCGUUCAAAAUGCAGCAGGACAGACAAGCCAGAGAGGUACACCGGACAGCGCACGACACCUUCACAGGUCCUGAUCGCACUGUUGCGUGUUUUUCCUUUCCAGGAGAUGCUGUCCAACCAGAUGCGCGACCUGCUGGCCGAGAAGGAGGCCCUCCUCAAGAACCUCAGCACAGCCCAACGCAAGACGCGUGAAGCUGAGAAACUCACGAGGGCAGCGCAGGACAGCGAGGCGCAGGCUAUCCGCGAGCGGAAAAGGCUGGAAGAAGAGGUGCAGCAUGCGCGCGAAGAGGGCCACCGAAGGCUGACGGAGGUGGCGGCCAGCCAGCUGCCAAAGGACGACGCUGCACGCGACGGUGGCGAGGAGGUAAGGAGCCUCGUGAGGAGGCUGGAGGGGAGUGUGGAUGAUGCGUCGAGGAGGGAGAGGGACGCCUCUGAGAAGCUCCACCUGCUUCGCACGCAGGUGUGCCUACACAGCAAAGGUUGAUUGAUUGGAGGCAAAGCCUUUCCUUGCUACCGGUUGUGUCUUUCAGCUUCGAGUGCUGCAAGACAAGCUGAUCAAGAUGCAUUGCGCCCUCCUCGACUUCGCUCCGCAAGGUGAGCCUACACGCGAGAUGACAUAUCUCAGUGGGACACUGCUGUCAUUGGUUCGCUCCUUUGUUCCUGCUUUCAUGUGCAGGGGAUGCCGAGGUGGUGGAGGAGUUUCGUGUGGACAUGGAUGAGGUGCAAAGGGAGUCGCAGCGCAUCAUCCAGGAGGCCAAGGUCAGCAAACACAUGAAUGGCGUUCGUCACGUGGUGUCAUGAUGGGAUCGAUGUUCUUUCAUGUUGCAUUACCAGGACAGGGAGGCUAAGCUGAUGCGGGAGAAUGACAAGCUCAAGGAGGACACAAAGUCACUGUACAAGGUGAGCCUCACUCACUCACCCGUCAAACGCACCCGACUCAGAGAGGAUACGUGCUCCUUGUCAACAUAGGAGCUUGGUGACGCCCGCGUCUCUCUGCACGAAGCCCUGCAGAAGGCGCAGAAGGACGCUGCUGUACUUCAGGUCACCACCACCUCGAGAGACCAUUUAGAGCCCCGGAUGUCGCUCACUUUGAUGGUCAAUGGCUGCAUGUACGUGUGUCACUAGGUGGAGCUGAUGACGCUGCGCCGCUUCAAAGAGGAGAUUGAGGGCUCUGACGGCCUCGCAUCGCUCCCACACCUGCAGAAGAUGCAGCAACAGAUCAUGGAAGACGUGCAGUCCAUCAAGAAAGGUACAAACCAUACCAUGCACUAACGCGAACAAACUGCUUGAUGCCUGUCCGUGGUCGUGUGGCUUGUGCAGGUGGUGUGCCUUCCAGAAGCGACGGAGAGACUGCGAAUGGCCAGGGCGACUCGUUUGAGCUCCUCUCUCGCCCUGAGCUUCUGCAGAAGUGCCGCGAGCUGGCCGACCAGAUCAAGCGCCUCAAGGCCCUCCCUCGCGACACGCGGCUUCUCCAGCAAAGGUACAGACAUGCCGGCGGAUAUAUGGCGGAGGGCCCGUCCAUAGCUGUGAAUGUCCGUCGCUGACAGGGUCGAUUUCCUGGAGAAGACGGUGCGGCGUUUGGAGGCGGAACGAUCGGACUUGCUCGCCAAGUCAAGCUCGGCAGAGGAACAGGUGAGCAACGGCAUGGCAUUAUUGCAACGAUGGCCAUAGCCACCGUAUUCUGCGGUGUGAUGUCAUGUGUCAUUCAGUUGGACGCACUGCAACGCCAUUUCAAGGACCUCACGGCUGGGUAUCAGAAGCAGAUCGUGUCCCUUCAAAAGGGAAGAAGCGCACGGCCGCAGUGAGUCCGGGCAAUCGUGACCUGGCCGUUUCAUUCGUUGUAAUCGUGAUUGGUUGCAAUUGUGAUUGCGCGGAUUUGUUUACUGUCGCAUUGAUUCAUUUCCGUCAGUUCCUUUGAUUUGUCGGUGAUAUGUACUGCUGUCUGUCUGUCUGUCUGUCUGUCUGUCCUCCAAACGAACGUAUGUGUUGGGCUCCCCCGGCUCACUGAUCUGUCCUAGUACCUCACUAUGUCUGUCUCAUUGUCUUGUGUGUACGAGUACGAUUACGGUACGUACAUAAAUCCAUGAACGGAGGCGGUGUGAAUAUGCAGAGCA